AUGACUGGCAAUUUUGUACCCAAAAAAAAAAGUUACCUUUGGUAUAAAACGGUUGAUCUUCUUCAAUUUAUUAACAGUAUCAAGACCAGCGUGGUCAAGAAGUGUAGUGUUUGCUUUAGUUUUAGCCUAAAACUGAUGCGUCGACCAUCUAGGAUGAGGUCGUUAGCGCUGUUGGUAUUACUCGGCUGCCUGUGUGCCACACUGGUUCAUGCGGACGAUCAGGCGGUUGCCGUCCGCACGAAGCGCAGUCCAACUCCGUUCUUCUUCAACAAAGGAGGUCACGACGAUCAUCACCAUCAUCCGGAGCCGAAGUGCGUCUGGGAGAAGAAGCUAGGCUGGAAGGAAGACUGGAAGAAGGUCUGGGAAACGAAAAAGAUCGAAGUUUGGAAGUCCGAAUGGAAGAAACAGCAAAUUCCGGUGUGGAAAAAGGUGGAAGUUCCAAUCUGGCGGGAGGUUAAAAUACCCGACUGGAAGAUCGUAAAAACUCCCUACUGGAAGGAGACGGAAAUUCCAGCCUGGAAGGAAGUGCAAGUGCCUGACUGGAAAAAGGUGACGAAACCGAUAUGGAAGGAAGUUCAGGUUCCUGUCUGGAAGGAAGUUCAAGUCCCCGAGUGGAAGCAGAUCUGGGUGCCGGAUACGGUGAAAGUUGGCAUUCCCGGUGAGAAAUAUCUGGGCAAGGAUGAGCACGGUUGGGAAUAUACGAGCCACGAUCUGUGGAAGAAAAAGAUGGUCUGGAAGCCACUAUGGAAGAAAGUCUGGAAGACAGUGAAGAAAGAAGAGUGGAAAACGGAGAAAAAGCUAGAAUGGAAGGAAGAGUGGGUGCAGGUAUGGCGCACAGAAAAACAACAGAUCUGGGUUAAGAAGAAGGAAGAAGCAUGGAAGGAAGAUAAGAUCGAAGUGUGGCGUGUCGAGAAGAAGCAAGAGUGGGCUACGGAGAAAAAGCUAGAGUGGAAGGACGAAUGGAAAGAAAUCAAGGUUCCAGCCUGGAAGGAAAUUCAAGUGCCCGCUUGGAAGAAGGUGUGGAAACCUGUAUGGGAGAAGGUCUGCGUCCCAGUCAGCCACGGAUGGCAUUAG